AUGCCCUCAUCCACCACUUCUCCUCACAGCGCCGGCCAGAAGCGAGCGUAUCCCGCCGACGAACCCCUCCUCCAACCGGCACAGGAUGUUGCGGUUGCGGCCUCAACCAACUCCCCUCCCCCCCUCUCAGCGGCUUCGGCCACUUCGGCCUUUAGAAAUGUCUCGGCCUGCAACCGCUGUCGCAUCAGGAAGAAUCGUUGCGAUCAACGACUCCCGGCGUGCUCCACGUGCGAAAAGGCCAAUGUCCGCUGCGUAGGCUACGACCCCAUCACGAAGCGGGAGAUCCCUCGCAGCUAUGUCUACUAUCUCGAGACACGAUUGGCAUAUUUCGAACAGCAACUCAAAGCACAUGCGAUUCCUUACAAUGCCGCUGAAGUGUAUAACGCAGAGUCCAAAGAGCUGGGUGACCCGGUGCAAUCGCCGGGCAGCGCAAAGAGUUCUUGGGUAGGACCGCAAUCUCCAAGUAAUGGCUCGCCGCGGCCCGUCAAAAGCGAAGACUGGGAUAAGAAGCAGGAGGAUGCCGACAAGCUCAACAAACUGGUGUCAAACAUCGGCAUGGUUUCUGUGCAAGGCGCAUCUGAUGCCCGAUACUUGGGCUCUACAUCGGGAAUAUCGUUCGCUCGCGUCGUGCUGGCUGCCGUCAAGAGCUCGGUGUCUUGCAACAACUCAGAGCGUGCUGGUGUCCGACCCAGUCGUCCAUUGCCUAAUAUGGCCGUUUCGGGCGGUAGUUCCAUGAGAGAUUCCUACUUCGGCCUCCAAACGAAACCUACCAUCAAAGAAGCUACGUUCCCAGACCGGCCGCUAGGUGAGAAGCUGGUCAAUUUGUACUUUGAGCAUGCCAAUCCCCAGAUCCCCAUCCUCCAUCGAGGCGAAUUCAUGGAUUUGUUUGACCGCACAUACUCGAUCGACCCAUCGAAGCGAACCAGCCGCGAACUAUACUUGCUCAACAUUGUGUUUGCAAUUGGCGCGGGCAUUAUCUGGGGUUCAUCCGACCCCCAGCCAAACUCUCAUCAAGGGGACUCGGCCCAUAAACGGGCCAGAUUGGCCAUGCAACAAGCUCAGCCUGAGGAAUAUCAUGCUUCCGCCAUUGUCAAUCUCGGGUCAUUUUUGGCUGCCAGUUCAUCCCUGGAAGCCGCCGAACGUCCCAAUGGUGAUUUGGAGGAGCUUCAAGCCGUUUUGUUACUGUGUAGUUUUGCCUUGCUGAGGCCUGUGGCACCAGGACUCUGGUAUAUUGUCGGCGUCGCAAUGAGGCUGGCAGUUGAUCUCGGUCUGCAUUAUGAAGAUGGUACUGGCAUUGACAAUAAUGUCGAAGGGCACCAGGGUCCACCGACCACGACGGAUAUGAAGCCCCCAGGGCCGGUUGACGCGAAAGAAAAAGGACGGCGCGAAUGGAUUCGUGACCUGCGCAGACGCCUUUGGUGGUGCACUUACACCUUCGACCGUCUGGUCAGUACUUGCGUGGGGAGACCCUUUGGAAUCACAGACCAGGUCGUAACGACUGAAUUUCCCUCCCUGCUCGACGACAGGUUUAUUACGAGGGCUGGGUUUUUGCAGCCAGCGUCUCCCGAUGAGCCCACAUACAAAUGGGUUUCCCACCACUAUUUCCGCUUGCGCCUGUUGCAGUCUGAGAUCCUACAAGUCCUUCAGCAUCAGCAAGCCCAACAAGCUCGUCUGAACGGGACUAAUCGUCGCAAUCAGUUUAUGCACACCAAACUCCCAUCGCCUUUUCUGAGCAAGUUCGAUUCCUUCCGUUCCUGGCGACGAGACAUUGACCAGCGUCUAUAUGAAUGGAAAGAGUCAGCGCCGGAGGCGUCCGAGACUGGGGUCAGUUUCUCGGUGCAGUUCUUGGAACUCAAUUACUGGCAAGCCGUUAUCAUGCUGUACAGGCAGAGUCUCAGCGUUCCAGCACCUCUGGCAAAUGAGUUUAGCCCGACCGAGGACGUAUCGAGCCCUUCCAGUGUCAGACUGGAAGAAAAAGAGGACGAGGAUUUGGUGUUUCUGAAAUGCGCCGAAGCCGGCCAAAAGACCUUGAAACUUUACCGGCAACUUCACCGUCUGCGCCUCGUCAAUUAUACCUACCUCGCGACACACCACUUAUUCAUGGCUGGCAUCUCCUUUCUGUAUGCUGUUUGGCAUUCUCCGGCGGUCAGAGCGCGCCUGACACUAGAUGAUUUCGACUUCACAGUCCUCGCUGCGACAUCUGUGUUGGGCGAUCUCAUGGAGAAAUGCCCCCCAGCAGAAGCCUGCCGCGACGCUUUCGAGCGAAUGAGCAAAGCCACGGUCCAAAUGUGCAUGUCAACACCUGGAUUUGGCUUCUCGAUGGAACCACGCGGAGAAUAUCAAUCACGACAACAACUCGCCCGACAAUCCAGCAUGCAGAACCAGUCCACACAAUCACAGAAUCAACCCAUGCCCAUGCAGAUCGACUCUUACCCUUCCACAACGACCUCGAAUGCAACUCGCAUCGCUCCGAAACCCAUGCCUAAACGACCGCCACCUAAAUUCGACAUGGACCUCCGUGAGCUGUUUCCCGAUGACCUCGAACCAAGUACCCGACCAUCUUACUCCUUUCCUCAGCCACUCCAGGGCCUCCAGCAACAGAGAUCCCCACAAACCACCAUGGCAACCGGAUUGUCGCCGCUGCAGCAGCAGCAGUCACAACAUUCUCCUCGCCAGCAACAAAUGUCCCCAGCCUCCAGCAUAAAUUCACAAAUCAACAACGGGCUCGGCAUGGGCACAUCCAACAAUCCCUUGCUCUUCAACCAAGGCUCCACCCCUCAGCAAAGCCAGACGCAACAGCAGCAGCAACCAUUCUACAUGCAAAACACGUACAAUCCCGACUUCAUGUCCAGCCUACCGGGUAUGGACUUCCUCAGCAAUGCCGUAACCGGAGGUGGCGACGGAGAAUUCAACCUGGACGUGGGUGGAGGACUGGAUCUGGGCUUUGGCAUGACGGGUCUGGAUUUCCAACACGACUGGAGCGACGGACAGGGUCAAUAUGACCUAUUCGACGGCUUUUUCUUCGGGAAUGGCUACGGGGGAAAUGGGAACGGUGGCGGUGGCGGUGGUGGUUCAGGGGGCACGUCAGGCAGUUAA